ACAACGAGGAGACGAAGACGCGUUCGUUCCUGAAGAAGAGGAUCUACAUUGCUCAGGUCGGGACCAAGAUGAGGAUGCAGAGGCUGAGGCGAUACGCCUUCGAUCUGCUGGCCAUGGCCGACUUGAUAGCCCAGGAGGAUGCCUGGAACUACGUCCGCCGCUAUCUCCGCCUCAAGUCCACCUUCAUGUACUUCGAUUUUGAUCAUGUCAUCACCGCUGCGCCCCUCGAUGACAAGCCUCCGCUCCUCGACCUUGCAAACCGCUUGUUUGACAGCUUUGAAAAGCUUCUAGAAGCAGUGAGAAAACAGGAUGUUCCUCAAAUAUACUCCUGCUACGAGUCAACCACACACAGCGGGGGCCCGUCGGGGUGGAUCAGGUUCUGGGCGCAACGGAAGGAGCUCAUGCUCAAUCAACCGGGUCUCGAUUCGGGUGAACCUAGCAAGAAUAUUCUCCAACACUGA